AUGCCAUAUUUGAAAGAGUCCAUGCUGGACUCUCGGUUUAAGGAAGCUGGUCCGCCCGGCGGUUGAUGCGGAGGGGGGACUCGACGGCUGAAGCUUCAGGCGGUGCGUGAGCUGGCGACGGACACCGAAAAACCUCCACGACGGCUCUCCUAACAUCUUAAAUCAACGCAGCACUUAACGCAAUCAUGCUAUAGAGGUGGUUCUGUGUCAUAUCAGGAUUGAACAAUGUGAUUGUGAUCGGAGGCAGCUGCACUCCAAUGGUCGAGGACCUCACCUCACUUCACUAGAAUGUACUUGAUGAAUGUACCUCCUGUCGCAGCGAGGCAAACAGAAUGGAGAACAUGUGGCCCACCUGGAGGCUUUAGCCUUCCGAUCUGCUUCAAUGACUCUGACACCGAGUUGUCCACCAGAGGCACACCUAUCUCAGAUAAGGUCCAGAUGAUCAUAGAGAGCCUUCGGAGCACCCAGUCCUCGCUUGAGAUGGGCGACGAGAUCGAAGGAAACGUACCACCAGGACAGGAAGGUCAUCCCCAAGUCUGCAAGGUUGCAAUGGGUUCUUAUGUGGGAGCAAAGGCCAAAACCAAAGGUCCCACUGAAAACCAACAGGCAGCGGUUUCCUCCCCAAUCCACCAUGAGAGCAGUGACUCUGACAGCGAUGGUUCUGUGGACAGAGGAAUCGAGGAGGCAAUACUGGAAUACUUGAAGGAAAAGGAUGAUCACAAACGCAAGGCGGAACCGUGCUUCAACUUUCUCCAAUCAUCCAAAAUUCCCAAGAAGGAGGAGGUUUCCAAAUCGAUCUCUGACGGCAACACAUUUGUGAUUGCCAGUAGCCAGUUUCCAAAAAGCGUUAAAGUUGAGACUCCCACAGCACCAGCUGUUACACCUAUGAAAAGGUUUAUCCAAAACAAGGUCUCCAUAAAUUACAACACGGUUAAGAAAUUUGAUUGGAAUAAAAGUGCUUCAACCAAAAGUUUAGCCUUGCCCAGUCCCUCGAUCAGCCUCUUCAACAAAGUACAUUGCCCGGUCACAAUUAAGGUGGAGGAAGACUCAAAUGAUUCCAGUAGUGAUGAUGGCAUUGAGGAAGCCAUUCAAAUAUACCAGUUAGAGAAACAGGAAGAGCAGAACAAAAUUUUCAAUCCACGUGUAUUCAAAGAAGAGUCUGACUCCACUAGCGAUGAUGGCAUUGAGGAAGCUAUUCGCUGCUACCAGCUUGAGCAAAAGGAGAAGAGCGUCCUGAGCCCAUUCUUUCACGAGGAAGACCCCUUUAGUAAGUCAUUAAUACAUGCUGUUGGAAGUACAAGCACGGAAAACAUGAAGAAACACAGACUGAGAAAGAAAAAGACCGUAGCAGAGAAAGAAGUGAAACCUCCCGCUUCGUCUAUUUGCAUACCCAAGAACACAUUUUCAGAGAGCUCAAAGGGGAAAGGAAAUGAACUGCUUUUGUUUAAAGUAGAAGGCUUUAAGGAGCAACUUACCCCGGCCCCUCCAAAGGCGACUACAACUGCAGAGCUCCUGUGUGCUGAGGCAAUACUGGACAUUUCCAAAACUGUCAUGCCCGGGGUCUUCCCUCAAAGUGGCGGCCUCAGCAGUUCCACUCCCACUGAAUCUUCCUUGCAAUCUUCCCCCCCUGAAAACUGCCCAGAUGAAGAAAGUGACGGCAGCUCCAUUGAUAGUGAAGAAGGGAUAGAGCAAGAAAUCAGGAAUUUCCUUGAGCAGAAGGCCCAAAUGCACAAACAGCCGCCCACUGCUGCCAAUCAAGACCCUCAAAGUAUAAAUGAGCCAGAGAAAGCGAAACAAGUUGCAACACAAAAGAAACCUCAAAAAUUGUCUUUGACACAGAAAAGAAAACAAAAAGAGGGAACAGCGCCCAACACGCCGGGGACAGAUUACGAUGUUAAAGAAACGGCCCCUAAACCGUCCUCUGAGCUUGGAAAGGAAUCCUGCCCGUUGUUAUUUUCCCAGGGAAGUCGAACACUCACAAAAGCUGGACUACGCAAGACGGAGCAAAGUGGAGACAAAAGCAGCUCGCUCGACAGUGAUGAGGACCUAGACACCGCUAUAAAAGACCUGCUCAAGACAAAAAAGAAGUCAAAGAAAAAAACUAGAGACUUAAAGCGGAAAUCAAGGAUGAGCCUCAAGGAGGACGAACCACCGCUGGGAAAUACUUUAGAGACCAAAAAGUUAAAACCUGAACCUAUUUCCAUGAAACUUUUGAAAAAAGUAGAAAAGAGUAAGGUUGACAUGAAGUCCGGAUUGAGUAGUAAGAGCAUUUCACAACAUAAACAAACCAAUAAGAGUAGAGAGCACGACGGUGAAUCGGCAGCUGAGGUUAAAGACUCCCCGUUUCCGUACCGUACUCAGAUAAAGGAGGACAGCAGUUCAGUAGACAGUGACGAUAGCAUUGAGCAAGAGAUCAGAAGGUUUCUGGCUGAAAAGGCCAAAGUUUCAACCGCAGAGAAAAGUAAAGAUGAAGACGUAUCAAGAAACGGUACUAUGGCGGUUUGUACCCUACUUCGAGAUGAAGACAUCAAACGGGAAGAUCAGCUGGCUGAAAUUCCAAUAGAGAGUCACAGUCCAGGACAAUCUCCUUUGAGGAGUCAGACUCUUCCAGCUCCACAGAGUUUGCUGCAGGACAUUUCUAGUAUCAGCGCACAAUCGCCUCUGUCCUGCAGCCCCAGUCUUUUGGAGCCAGCGGACGGGGCGGGGGCCGCAAGAACCGAGCAACGGAGGCCUACCUUUGGGAGAGGAGACGUCCCCACGGCCCCACAGAUGGAGAGAGUUUGGCCAGCAUUGAGUCCUAACAUUGCUCAUUCACAGUCAAACAAGUGGCGCCAGAGCCUCGGACUCCCCACGACCGACUCUAGGACGAUUAAUCGGACUCAAUUCCAUAUCACCUCGUCUAAGACCAGCGAGACUGCACCAGCACCUCCACCAUAUCUAAGCGAAGGUCCCAAAUCACAGACUCCAGUCACUGUUUGGUCCUCUGCAAGGACCAGCAGAGCUCCUUUACCCAGCUCCACAGAGACAAAUGUAAAGACCCCGUUCAGAUCUGCUGGUUUGAGUCUUUUGUCUUCUGCCAAGCAGCAUCCAAGGAUGUCCUUUACACAGAGGUCACAGUGCCCUAUAGAAGGAGAGACGGAGAGUAUGGUGCACAUGUCUAAAGACAAGAGUGUGUUUGUUGAACUGGAAUCUAAUAGGACCAACCAUGUCCAGGUUCGAAGCAGGGAAAGGAGCGAAGGAAAUGAGAGAGCGGACUUGCUAAGUGAGAAUAAGAGAGAAUGCGAGAGCGUGAAGAUAGACAAUAAAGAAGUGCAUCUAGAAAGAACAGACGAAGAGUUUAUAGACGAGGCAGAUUGUGAGUCAGGCAACAGGAGAAAUCCAGGGAAGAAGCAGGGCUUUUCCACAUUGUCUUUGUCCAGUGCCAUUGACCCUGGCAUCACCUUCAGAUCUUGCAUAGCUCUUACCACAGAGGACCGAAGCAGGAUGUUCAACAGGAGGUACCUGGCUGAAAAAUGCAACAAGGUGGUACCUUCUCGCAGCCGUGCUCCUGUUUACAACAAGGCUGUGGAAUGUGUCAAGAGAAAGCUUCAGUUCAUUCCAGUCAACAGGAGAAAUGCAGCAUCCAGCCACCACAGCAUAACAUAAUGAAAUGUAAUUCUGUAUUUGAAACAUGCAUGUAGGUGAUGUUUGAUAUUACAGUAUGUGGAUUGCUGAAUAAUUAUUUUGCACUUUAUUAAGUGUUUAUUAAUGUUUGUUUACUUAAAGUUUGGUGUUAGAUUUGAUGUUGCAGGCUGGUGGCAUUGAAUUUUGCUUUUUAGUUUUUACAGCAUUUGGUAAAUAUAAAAAAAAUUAAGGACAUUUUUCCAGGUUGUAAGGAUAAAUGGAAGUCUGCUUGUUUGUUUAUGUAGCCAAUAAAGGGCAUUUGUGGUUUUUGCAGUUUGGGACUAAAAAGUAAAUCCCAAUUUUUCACAUUGCUACUUUAUAAUAAAUCAAUCAUUUGUUCUAAAGCAUUUCUUAAUAAUGGUUUAUAUUCUUGUUUACCUUUUUAUAGCCAAAUAACACAAGGGUGUUAAUGUCAGUUGUGUUGUAUUUGGUUUUCAAUAAAGUUGUGAAGUGAAGA